GUCCCCAAAGCUUAAGUUUUUUAGUUCGUUGUUUAGUAAUGGCGAUUUCUGCAAGUGCAAACUUAACAGCUCAAUUCCCCAAUUGUCACAGAAUAUCAAUUGACCAUAAAUUCCCCCCCUCCUCUUCAUUCUCUUUCUGUAAAUCAAACUCAAGUACUCUACCUAUUGGUCCUUUAAGUAUAUCGUCACGAGAUGGACAGAAAGCUAGGAGAUCCUUCCAUAUUCAAGGCUUAUUUGGUGGCAAAAAGGAUAGUAACAGUGAUGAUAAUUCCUCAAAGGCUGGAAUACUUGGAAACAUGCAAAAUCUAUAUGAAACAGUAAAGAAGGCACAAAUGGUUGUUCAAGUCGAGGCAGUUCGUGUGCAAAAAGAACUUGCAGUUGCAGAGUUCGAUGGCUAUUGUGAAGGUGAGCUUAUAAAGGCAACGCUUUCUGGUAACCAACAGCCAGUGCGCAUUGAAAUUACUGAGGCUGCAAUGGACUUGGGACCGGAAAAACUCUCUCUCUUAGUAACAGAGGCCUACAAGGACGCACACCAGAAAAGUGUACUGGCCAUGAAGGAGAGAAUGAACAAUCUUGCUCAGAGCUUAGGAAUGCCAGCAGGACUAAGUGAAGGAAUGAAAUAAUAGAGUUCCCAGAAAGAAGCUCCAGUUUUGUUUAUGAACUUUACAGUAAUGUUCUACUAACCAUUACCGAUUAAGUUUGACUUUGAGGAAUGUAUUACACAUUUAUAAUUAUUUGAGCUGCCAAUUUAGAUUUUCCCUUUGUUUGCUGUGA